UCAGGACGUAUUGUGCAAAAAUAAAAGUUUGAUGUUAAGAGUUUCCAACGAGAAAAGAUCCAUGCAAUGAAACUACUCUGAGCUUGAAGUAGCACAAUAAAACCCUUGAAUAUGUUUAAAAUGGAAAUAAGGAUUCAUCCUAUGACCUGUUUUGGCUCCUCCUCUUAAAUCAGCGGCAAAUAAAACAGUUAAGCUCAAUAUGGAGCCGUUUGGCUGACAAGCGGUCACGUGAUCUCAGCCGAAGCAGUCGGCACUCUUAAACGUGCACAAAAGUUUCCCCCUUAGUGGACCAAAGGAACACACACAGGGGAACACAUGAGACUCCCAUCAUCCAGCUCCAAACUUCAAACUUCUCCGAUCCGUCUGGAGGCGCUCCACGAACGGACCUUGAUGCGCAUUUUUCUUUGACCGAUGUCAGUAGUGCUUUUCCUUCCUUACUUUUUCUUUUAGAAGAGAGAUUAGCAUAUAUAUUUGACUAUGGGGUCUCCCUCAGCUCCAGAGGAGAGAAAGAUUUCUGUGUGGGUCUGCCGAGAGGAGAAGCUGGUCCUCGGCUUGUCAAAGCGCAACACCUGCGCUGAUGUCGUGAAAGUGCUCCUGGAGGAGCAGUGCGCGCAAACCGGCCUUUCCACGGCGGACUCCUACUGCAUCGUGGAGAAAUGGAGGGGCUUCGAGAGAAUUUUACCGAACAAGACCAAACUUUUAAAGCUGUGGCUCGCGUGGGGAGACGAGCGGAAAAACGUCAAGUUUCUGCUGGUGAAAACAGACGCCUCUUUGGAGAACCGCAGGGCCCGGAGCGCAGAGGCGCGUGUGGUGCCGAGCAAGCAGAGCCCCUGCAUCACCAAAGGGUCUCCGAGGUCCAACAUGGCCUGCAUCUCGCCGGAGAAACAGCGUCGGAUUGUGAGGAAAGCUUUCAGAAAGCUGGAGAAGAUCAACAGGAAGAGGACGCGCGCGGCGCACAGAGACGCAUCCAGUGCAGAGAAGAUGGAGACUUUGGUUCAUCUUGUUGUGUCUCAGGACCACACAAUCCGACAGCAGGUUCAGAGGAUCACAGAACUGGACUCAGAGAUCGAAAGGUGUGAGGCAAAGGUGCAUCUGGACAGAAUUAAAAGACACGGGGUCAAUUACGUGCAGAACACGUAUCUGGGCGCAGUUUACGUCCCAGCGCAGGAAGGAAAGGGACUUUACUCACAAGAGACGUUUGCCAAACUUGAAGAGUAUGCUCGGCAGUGCGAGGAGGUGCUGAAGCUACAAGAGGACCUUUCUGAACAGGAGGCCCUGAUGGAUACGAUCACAACUCGCAUUCAGGAGGAGCUGAACCUCCGCUGGAUGCAGCGCAGGAAGGAGGAUUUGCGCAUCAAACGGUCCUCAUCUCUCUCCUCCUCCCAGGAAGACUCAGCGUCGCAAAGCGCGCAAUUUAUGGAGGAAGAGAGGAUCAAAACGCAGCUAGAUGCGAGCUUAUACAUCGGCCUGCGACUCAACGCGGAUUUAGAGGUUAUUAGGGGCGAUUUAGAGCUGUCCCAGCAGAUUGGCGCUGCCAGGGAGAAGGAAAUGAGGGAUUUGCUGGACAAAGUGAACAGUAUAGACAUGGAGAAGGAGGACGCCGAUGAAAAGACGCGCCACGGGACGGAUGACAAGGAGACCAUGACUGACACUUUGGAAGGGGAAAGCGAGUGGGUGGAGCAAGCGAGAGGUCUGUCUAAAACAGAAAAUGUGAACGACGACGACUCAGACACAGGCUUAAGUUCUCUGCACAGUCAGGACUCAGACGGCCUCCCAGUGUGGGAAUCACUGGUUUGAGAUUUUACAAGAAAAGUGGCUCAUAUAGAGGCAUUGUGUUCACAGUCUCAGGUAAAAACAUCACUGAAGUCUAUUUUUAUAUAAUUGAGAUAUGGAGUAUAUGUGAAUUCACAACGGUUAUCAUAGAUCCACUCCAUUAUUAAACUGGCUUGUUCAGAUUUAGUUGUGGUUAGAACUGAAAAAGAAAUUGUUUUGAUAAUAAAAACUGUUUUAAAGCUCGAAAAUAUUGGAGUUUAUUUCCUUUUCAACAUGAGUUAGUUUGGGUGAAGGCAUUUCAUUAAAUAUGACACAGUGAAUGUGCAGCUAAAGCAUAUUUUCAAAAGGUCUGCCAGGAUACACAAUCCUGGCAGGCCAUAGCAUAGAAUGUUAAUCCUGAAGCCAUAACAUCAUCUAAAGUCAAAACAGAACUGCAGAGAUUUAGCAGAAGGUCAGUUCCACAUCCGGACAGAUGACAAUGAAGCAGACAUUUAACUUUCAGAUGUCCUGCAACUUCUGAACUUAAAGCUCCAUCAAAGCCGAACACAUCCAACUAAACUAUUGGUACAGGAACAGAAAAACGUCACAUUUUACCCAUUGACAUUCAAAGAAGCUAAGGCUUUUUGCUUUGUUUUAGAAAUCAAAAUAAAGACAUCACCUGUUCAAAAAGAGACCAUCUGCACUUUCAGUUAAAGAUCAUUGCUUCAAGAGGGAAACAGUAGUAAUUCAAUAAGUUUUGUUUGCUCCCUGUGGGACAUAGAAGGGUAUCGAUCAUCUGAGGAUGAUGGUGUCUUUAUGGGGACUUAAAACUGCAAUUUCUUCAUUAGCAUGAAGACUAAUGUGUGAAUUUAAAGUAAAGACGGUGAUGACAUUGUUAGGGUUACAAUUUGGAGCUGUCCAAUAAUUUGAGAAGCUCCAAAUUAUUGGAGCGAUCCUCCAAUAUUUGGAGGAAAGAUUAUGAAUGUACAUAUAAUGUGUCUAAAUAAGGAGAUUUUUCUU